AUGACUGACAGAAUUCGUGAGAAAAUGAACUCCCUCCGUCUGGAGGCCGACAACGCGGUUGCACGCGCUGAAGAGGCUGAGGCUAAGAACAGGAAGCUUGAGCAAUUGUUACUUGAAAAAGAUCAGGAGAUCACUUCGCUGCAACACCAGAUCAGUCGUUUAGACGCAGAGAUCGAAAAGGCCGAGACGAAGCUCGAAGAACUCAAGACUUUAUCUUUGGAUGGCGAGUCCAGCAAAAUGGCAUCUGAAGGACUGCUUCGUAAGGUUGCCCUUUUGGAGGAGGAACUUACUGCGGCGGACAAAAACCUCAAUGAAACCACAGUGAAACUGCGAGAAGUUGAUGUCAAGGCAGAACACUUUGAAAGGCAGGUACAGCGCGUUGAACAGGAGCGAGAUGAGUGGGAGAGGAAAUACGAGGAGGCCAACGCGAAGUACAAAAAGUCAAUCGCCGACCUCGAAGAAUUGGAGAAGACUAUGCAGGAUCUGUAA